UGCCCCAUUGUUCCGAGUCUGUGGAGUGCGACCCCAUCUUUUCUUCCGCGUUGUGCUAGGUUCUCACGUUUGAUUAAAUCGCCAGGACGCAGGCUAGCUCUAUCCACCAUGUCCUCGGACGCUCACGUUACGUCCCCUGCGGACAGCCACAAGUACCCUACUUUUCUUGGGUUGAGGGGCAAGAAAUUGAGUUGGGUUGUGUCUUUUGUUGCGACCACAGGUUUCUUGCUGUUUGGCUACGACCAGGGCGUUAUGUCUGGUAUUAUCGCUGCGGAUCCCUUUAUGGAAUAUUUCCCUGAAGUACACGACAACCGUACAUGGCAGGGAUUUGUUACGGCCAUCUACGAAAUUGGGUGUCUCUUUGGGGCUGUCAUGAUACUCCUCUUUGGCGACAUUCUCGGACGCCGUCGGGCGAUGAUCUGGGGCGCCUUUAUUAUGAUUGUCGGCGUUGUUAUCCAGGUGGCUACGGUAAAAGGCUAUGCUCAGACUGCCCAAUUCAUUGUCGGUCGAGUCGUCAUGGGCGUGGGAAAUGGAAUAAACACAAGUUCGAUCCCCACGUACCAAGCGGAAUGUUCCAAGACAAAAAAUCGAGGUCUGCUCAUCUGCAUCGAGGGGGGCGUCAUCGCUUUCGGUACACUAAUUGCUUAUUGGGUGGAUUUUGGGUGUGCGUACGGUCCGCCAGACUUGUCCUGGAGGUUCCCCAUCACAUUCCAAGUGGUUUUUGCGUUGGUUGUCAUGAUUGUACCAUUUUGGCUUCCCGAGAGCCCUCGUUGGCUUCUUACAAAGGACAGAACAGAUGAGGCCACCAAAGUCAUUGCCGCCCUUCGUGGAAACGCUAUUGACGACGAGGAAACCACCCUGGAAAUCAACAUCAUUGUCGAUAGUAUCCACGCCUCGGGCCACAAGGGCGGCGUAACACCUUUCAGCGCGCUGAUGACUGGCGGCAAAACACAGCACUUCCGACGAAUGAUGCUCGGAGCUUCUUCGCAACUCUUCCAGCAGAUCGGUGGCUGCAAUGCCGUAAUCUACUUCUUUCCGCUUCUGUUCGAGGAAUCGAUCGGAGCUACCAAGCAACUGUCGCUCCUUCUUGGUGGUGUGAACAUGAUCGUGUACAGCAUCUUCGCUACGACUUCGUGGUUCAUCAUCGAGAGGACAGGACGAAGGAAACUCUUUCUCAUUGGAACCAUUGGCCAGUGUUUGUCCAUGACUCUUGUAUUCGCUUGCUUGAUCCCGGGUACGGAGCAAGCGGCCAAAGGCGCAGCUGUUGGGCUGUUCACCUACAUUGGCUUCUUUGGAGCAACUUGGCUUCCGCUUCCUUGGCUCUACCCUGCUGAGAUUAAUCCUAUUAAAACUCGUGCUAAGGCUAACGCAGUGUCGACGUGUACAAACUGGCUUUUUAAUUUUACUGUUGUUAUGAUCACGCCUGUGAUGCUUGACGGCAUAGGAUGGGGCACAUAUCUCUUCUUUGCUUGCGUUAACGCAGGCUUCUUCCCGUUGAUCUACUUCUUUUACCCCGAGACGAAGCAGCGCAGCUUGGAGGAAAUCGAUCUCAUCUUUGCCAAAGGGUUUGUGGAGAACAUGUCAUAUGUGCGGGCAGCCAAGGAACUACCGAUCUUGGACGACCGCGGUGUCGAGGAUAUGUUGACGCAGUACGGGUUCCGCGAUUCGGAUGACGAGGCUGCGCGGAUUCGAGGGGAGCAGAUUGAAGAGAAGGGGGUUGCGCUUAACCCGGGUGGUGGCCAUGUGGCCUGA